AUGAUUUCAACAGGCAACAAUCUGCUUGAAAACAUAGAUGAAAGAAUCCACCUGGCAAAACGGGAAGCUAGAGAACUCUUUAAAGAAGUGGAGUUUGUGCGUAAUAAAACUCAGGACUCAAACUUGCUCAGUUUAUCUCAUAGAAUUAGCAAUAUUCCUAGAAACUAUACCAAAUUGCAUCUAUAUAAUACUUUAAAGGGACAUAGAAAUAAAAUAGCGAAAAUCAGGUGGCACAUGGAUUCCACAAGAUUAUUAUCUGCUAGCCAGGACGGAUUCAUGAUCAUUUGGGAUGCUGUGAGUGGACUUAAGAAACAAGCGGUGAAUUUAGAGAAUCAGUGGGUGCUCACAUGUGACUAUUCUCCUAGCGGUAGGUUGGUGGCUUCCGCGGGUCUCGAUAACGCCUGCACGAUAUAUAAAGUCAAGUCAGACAGCAGUGGCAUAAUAAAUGAUCAAAAUGCCUAUGAGAUGUACGGAAAUAUUCAACAAUCUGUCCAGUCAAUCUUUAAGGGCCAUAGGGCCUAUGUGUCGGAUUGUAAAUUUGUAAAUGAUGCUUCAAUCUUGACUUCAAGUGGGGAUCUGACAUGUGCAUUAUGGGACAUAACCAAGGGUAAAAAGGCAAGGGACUUCAUUGACCAUAUAAGCGAUGUCCUUUGCCUAUCAGAGUUUCCGACGUACAUCAAAACAGAUAGUCCUUUAUUUUUAUCAGGAUCUUCAGAUGGUUACGUUAAAGCCUGGGACGUGAGAACGCAAUCACCUACUCAAAGUUUCUUCAUUUCCAAUUCUGAUGUGAAUUGCACCAAAGUAUUUGCAGAUGGGUAUUCAUUUAUUGUUGGGUCUGACGAUGGAAUGCUAAGGUGGUUCGAUUUGAGAUCUGAUUGCGAUAUUGCAGUUUACUCGCUACAGUCACAAUUUCACAAUUCAGAUUCAUCCUCUAAAACAUACCGCAAUGAUUACAGCCCGACAGACCAAGUCAGUUCUAAUUCACUUAGUGCCUCUUCGACUUUGGAUAGUCCAGGGGUGUUAUCAGUUGAUUUUAGUAGAAGCGGUCGAUUGAUAUACGCUUGUUACUCUGAGUUUGGAUGUUUGAUUUGGGACUCUUUGAAGAAUGAAAUUAUUGGGUCAGUUGGAAAUGAACACUUAAAUAAAAUCAAUCAAGUUGCCGUGAGCCCCGAUGGAAUAGGAUUGGCGACAGCCUCGUGGGAUGCAACUAUUAAAGUCUGGGCAGCUUAA